AUGCAAUUAGCAGACUUUUUGGCAGCAGUAUCACUGCUAUCCUACUUAAAAACAACCAAUGCGUGGUCUCCAACAAACAGUUAUACUCCAGGUAAAGUUUCUUGUGAUAGUGAUAUAAAUCUAAUCAGAAAGGCUGAUGGUUUGGCUACUGAAGAAACGGAAUGGUUAGCAAAGAGAGAAACUGUCACCAAGGACGCCUUGAAGAAAUUCUUGGAUCGUGCUACUGCUACAUUUUCUGACAACUCGAUUGUUGAAUCUAUCUUCGAUUCUACUACACCAAGAGUUGGUUUUGCCUCAUGUGGUGGUGGGUAUCGUGCAAUGAUUGUUGAUGCGGGUGUCGUUGCAGCAAUGGAUGAAAGAACUGUUGGUGCUACUGAAAAUGGUUUAGGUGGUUUAUUGCAGGGUAUCAGUUAUAUGGCUGGUUCCUCUGGUGGUUCGUUUUUUACCACAACAGUUACUUACAAUAACUGGACGUCUGUCCAAGACAUUAUUGACCAAAUGAAGGAUGGUGAUCAUUCUAUUUGGGAUCUUUCAAACUCACCAACAAACCCAGGUGGGUCAGACACUGCUUAUACCUCUGCCGUUUUCGACAACAUUACAGAAUCCAUCAAGUUAAAGAAUGAAGCUGGAUUUGAUGUCUCCUUGGCUGAUGCCUGGGGUUUGGCUUUCGGUUACUAUUUCCUCCCAUCUUUACCAAGAGGUGGUUACAGUUAUCAAUGGUCAGAUAUCCAAGAGGUCGAUGCCUUCAAGAAUGGUGAAAUGCCAAUGUUGAUUGAAAUUGCUAAGGUGGAGAAGUCUGGUGAAACCUCUGUCGAUUUGAGUUCUACUACUAUUGAAAUGUCAGCUUUCGAAUUCGGUUCAUGGGAACCAACUAUUAACUCGUUCUCUAACAUGAAGUAUAUAGGUACUGAGGUUGACAAUGGUUCUCCGGUUAACGCAGGUGAAUGUGUUGCAGGUUUCGACAAUGUAAACUUCCUGACUUCUGCCUCUACCAACGUUAUUAAUACCCUUUACAACUCCGGUGGUAUUUACUCCUCAUUGAUUCAAAGUUUCAAAACUAAAUUCUUACCAAAUGUCACUACCUCUGGUCACAUUGAUGUGAAUAUUGCAGCUCCAAAUCCAUUCAAGGGUACUACAAACUACGAAAGUGAUAGCUCCAUUGUCGACAAUGAUCAAUUAUACCUAGUUGACGGUGGUAUCGACGGUCAAGUUAUUCCAUUCACACCAUUAAUGAGAAAGGAACGUGAUCUUGAUUUGGUUAUUGCUACUGACACAACUGCUGAUACCGAUGAUGUGUGGCCAUUUGGUUCUGCAUUGGUUGCUACAUAUGAACGUCAAUUUAUGGAAAUUGGUAAAACUGAUGCUUUCCCAUAUGUUCCAGAUACAGAAACUAUUAUUAACUUAGGUAUUAACAAGAACCCAACCUUCUUUGGUUGUGAUUCUUCCAACUUGACUGAUUUAGCUUACGUUCCACCUUUAGUUGUGUAUUUACCUAACAGGGCUUACUCUUACGACACUAAUGUUAGUACCUCGGUGUUAACUUAUACUAGAGAACAACGUUUAGGUAUGAUUCAAAACGGUUUUGAAAUUGCUACUAGAAACAACUUCACUGACGAUCCUGACUUUUUAGGUUGUAUGGGUUGUGCUGUCAUGAGACGUAAGCAAGAAAAACUGGGUCUAGAAUGGCCAAGCGAAUGUGCCCAAUGUUUCGAAAGAUAUUGUUGGAAUGGUACAAUCUCCAACAGUGACACUGUUUCCGUUCCAAGUUCAUCUGCUUCCAUCAAUGGUACAUCAUCAAUUGCAAGCACAUCCUCUGCUACAGGAUCUGCCUCUGGUAAAAACUUUAGUACAAUCCAUACUGAAACUUCUACCACUGUUACAUGUCAUGAAUGUGAGGAAGCAAAGGCUACUACUACUGUUAUCUGUGAAGAAUGUGAAGAAGCUGUUGCCACAACCACCAUUGAAUGCGAAGAAUGCGAAGAAGCUCAAUCCCAAGCUACUGUUACUGCUGAAUGUGAGGAAUGUGAUGAAGCCCAAGCCAAUGGUCAUCAUACUACUACAACAUUGACGUCGAUGACAACAACCACUCAAGUUUGUGAAGAAUGUGAGGAAACUCAAGCAUCUGCUACUGCAACAAGUACUAACGAAAGUUCUAACGACUAUUCCAACAACUCUUCCAAUGGUUCUUCUAAUGGUUCCUCUAACGGUUCUUCUAAUGGUUCUUCCGAGAAUGCUUCAGGUAAUAGUGUCAAGAGUACAUCGUCUUCUGCAGCUAUCUUACAGGUUACAACUGGAAUUCCAUCCACUUCUGCCUACGAUGUUUUCGUUAACGAAAAUAGCGCUAACAAUUUGGUUUUCAAGGGUGUUGUAUCACUAUUAGCUAUUUUCGGUACCAUCAUUGAACUAUUUUAA